CGUCUAAUCCACUAAUAGUACCUAAACGAUAUGGUAAAUCCGUAACACUCCUGAACAUCCGACCGCAACAUGUCUUAAAACUGAACAUCUGCCCUGAAUUAAUAUCUUGAAAAGGGUAUCGAGUCUCAACUUGUAGCCUGACCCAUUGGAUCGGCAGGGCCACUAAUUCGCUUCCGUAUGUUAGGACAUAAUGGAGACCGAGAAAAAAUAAACGGCAAGUCCUGACUCCUGGAAGAGCAAAAACCUGAACACACUCCACAACUUCAAAACAGUGCCAGCAAGAUUCUGACAAGUGAAGCCAAUGGGAACCAAGAUAGAGGAGCCCCAGAUUUCUGAAACGUCUUUGGAUCCUGAUAAUGUUAACCUACAACCUUCUGUUAUGGAGCGAGUGGAGGAGCUUCAAGCAAAUCUAGCUGCCGGAUUCCCUAGCUGUAUGAAGACAAUGGUUCGCUCAAAUGUUAGACAUGGAUUUUGGCUGCAUCUUCCUAUGCCAUUCUGCAAAUUGCAUAUGCCCAAGCAUGAUGCAACAGUAAUUUUGGAAGAUGAAAGUGGGGAAGAAUACAAAACAACCUAUAUUGCAGAAAGGACAGCAUUGAGUGCUGGAUGGAAAGCAUUCUCAGCUGGUCAUAAAUUAGUCGAGGGGGAUGUUCUAGUGUUCCAUUUGGUCAGUUCUUCAAAGUUUAAGGUUUACAUAGUCAAAGCAUUCAAAUCAAACAAACUAGAUGGCAGGUUUGGCUCACUAAAUGUGAAUGUUGAUGCAAAACCAAUUAGGUCAGUUCGCAUGAAGAGGAGAAAGAGAACCUCUAAGAGGGCCAAGUGUUUGGAGCUUCUUCCACUCAAUCAUGCACAAGACAAUGUUGACAAUAACAGCCUGAUGGUAUUAGACACCAAGAAUGAGCGUUUAGUAGAUCAAUCUGAUAAUGACAGCAAGGAUCUUAGCUCUGGCCUUUUUGAUGGUAUCAGAUCUUUGGCAUCCAUUAUUGAUUUUAAUGAGGUCAAAAGCAUUGACAGUUUCGUCAUUACUGUGAAUGGUUCAAGAAUAGACUCCGAGCUUUCAGAGUACCAUAAAACUAAAUACUAUGAACUCUGCUGCAGUCAGAACUCAUUUCUCCAUGAUCAUCUUCUCAAGAGUAUUAGCAGUAAAUUGGCAGCUGAAAUAAUUACUCAGACUGUUAACAUUGCAGAGGCCGUUAAAGGCUGCAAACUUUCCUCCUUUCAAGCAGAUUAUUCACUCUGGGACAAGACUCUGAAAGGAUUUGAGCUGUUAGGCAUGAAUGUUGGAUUUCUUCGAGCUCGAUUGAACCGGUUGAAGACCCUUGCCUUGGAAUUACAGGAGGCUGUGGAGUCAGAGAGGCAUAGAGUUAGUCUUGAGCAAGAUCACAUGAAAGAAGAGAAAAAAUCUCUUGAAAUGAAGCUUGUGAAACUCAAAGAGGCAAUGCAUAGGCUUGAUGCUGAGAUAGAAAACCUGAAAGCGAAUGCUGAGAAGCAUGAGCUUAUAUUUCAGGAGGAGGUUAAUGCUGCAUGGUGAUCAUUACCUGUGAGAUAGAUGAUGUCCACUUAAUGUAAUAUAUAUAUACAUAUAUAUACAUAUUCCCCCAUCCAUGACAUGUUUGGGUCAUCAAGAGUGUGUCUGUCCAUGUAACUUUUACAGGCAAAAUGUUGUAGAAAUGUCUCGAGUUCUAUUUGCGUAUGACGAGACUUAGUAUUGAAAAAUGAGCAAGUUUUCCAAUCUGGCUACCAUUUUACAGUCGAAUGUCAUUUGAUUUUAAGUCCAGACUAGUUAAUGAGUUGUAGGGUAUUAUUUUCUCUUCCA